AUGUGCCACACCAGCGGCUCCACUGGCUGUCAGCCGGCCUGCUGUGUGCCCAGCUCCUGCCAGGCGUCCUGCCACGUGCCCAGCUCCUGCCAGGCGUCCUGCUACGUGCCCAGCUCCUGCCAGGCGUCCUGCCGCGUGCCCGUGAGCUGCAAGCCUGUUGUGUACCUGCCCGUGAGCUGCAAGCCCAUUGUGUGUGUGACCCCCUCCUGCCAGUCCUCCGGGUGCUGCCGGCCCUCCUGCCCCACCCUGGUCCUCAGGCCUGUUCCCUGCGGCACCCCUAACUGCGGCUAG